ACACAAAUAAUUGAAAAUGGCCGACUUACACGCGUUGGGAUUAAUUGGAACUAUAGAAGAAGAUGAAGAUAUCGAUGUAGCUCAAGAGUCUUCAGCUAGCGAAGAUGAGGGAACAUCAGUGAAGCAACAGAAGAAGAAGAAGAAAGUUGGAAACAGUGAUUUCAACAGCAUCUUUUCAUUCACAGAUCAGUAUGACAUUGCAGACACGUUUGAUCCAGAUGUUGUGCUCAAAAUGGCCAAGAAGAGAAAAUCUGCUUCAUCUCUUGAUGACAAAAUAGCGGAAGCUCGUAAAAAAAGAAGGAAAGCAGAUGUUGAUGAGAAUGGUAAUGCAAAUAGCAAGGCUGGUAGUGAUGAGGAAGUGGAAGAAGACAUGGAGAGUUCCUCAGAGGAGGAUGAAGAUCUCAAACCUGACAUGAUUAGAACAAAAGAGAAAAAGAAGAAGAAAAAGAAGAAAGAUAUCAUUGCAGAAGAGGAAGUUUUGAGUGAGAAAAUUGUGUUUUCCGAAUCGAUUGAUUCCUUUGAUGAUAAGACUCUGUUUCAAGACAUGCACAUAUCAAGGCCCCUUCUGAAGGCUCUCAGCGGAAUGAAGUUUGUGAGGCCCACCCCUAUUCAGUCAGCCACUAUACCCAUAGCCCUGCUGGGUAAAGACAUCUGUGCUUGUGCUGUCACAGGGUCCGGUAAAACAGCAGCCUUCAUGUUACCGAUCCUGGAGAGACUUCUGUACCGUCCGAAGCAAACAUCAGUGACCCGUGUGUUGAUCCUGGUGCCCACAAGAGAGUUGGCAGUACAGGUCCACACCGUGGGCAGACAGCUGGCCCAGUUCACCAACAUCGACCUCUGUCUCUCAGCUGGUGGCCUGGAUGUGAAGAGCCAGGAAGCUGCACUAAGGAUGGGUCCCGACAUAGUUGUGGCUACUCCGGGACGACUGAUUGACCAUCUGCACAACGCUCCCAACUUCAGCCUCAGUAACAUCGAGAUCCUUGUGUUGGAUGAAGCCGAUAGGAUGCUGGAUGAAUAUUUUGCGGAGCAGAUGAAGGAGAUUAUCCGUCUGUGUAGUCUACAGAGGCAGACCAUGCUGUUCUCAGCAACCAUGUCGGAGGAGGUGAAAGACUUGGCAGCAGUGUCCUUAAAGAACCCAGUGAAAGUCUUCAUGAAUGAGAAUACUGACGUAGCUCUCGGUCUGAGACAGGAGUUCAUCAGGAUACGGCCCAACCGAGAGGGAGACAGAGAGGCCAUUGUUUCAGCGUUGGUGACCCGCACCUUCUGUGACAAGUGUAUGGUGUUCAUACAGACAAAGAUCCAGGCUCAUCGCAUGCACAUCAUCCUGGGGCUCCUCGGUGUGAACGUCGGGGAACUCCACGGCAAUCUCUCACAGGCUCAGAGACUGGAGACCUUGAAAAAGUUCAAGGAUGGGGACAUAGAUGUGAUGCUAGCCACUGACCUGGCCUCUCGUGGACUGGACAUAGAUGGGGUCAAGACGGUGAUAAACUUCACAAUGCCGAACACCAUCAAGCAUUAUGUCCAUCGGGUGGGGAGAACGGCCAGGGCUGGGAAGAGCGGAAGAUCUGUCACCCUUGUUGGGGAAAAAGAGCGAAAGAUGUUGAAAGAUAUUGUGAAGAAGGCCAAAACACCCCUGAAGAGUCGCGUGGUGCCACUUGAGGUGAUCAGUCGGUUCCGAGACAAGAUUGAUGUGUUAGAAGAAGACAUCAAGGAGAUCAAGCGUGAGGAGAUUGAAGAGAAGGAGAUGAAAGCAACAGAGAAUAAAAUCAACAAGGCCAAGAACCUGCUGGAGGCAGAUCAGGACACCCGGGCUCGGGGAAAGAGGACCUGGUUCCAGUCCCAUGGGGAAAGAAUGGCAGAGAAAGAAUCACUUAGAUUGGGAGAUUUCUCAAAACAAAAGAAGGGAAAGAAGACAACUGCAAGGAAACUUACACCGGAAGACCGGGUUGGUUUUGAGAUCACAAAGUCUCAGAUGUAUGCAGCCAAGGUCUCCAAGAAGAGCAACAAGCCAAAGAGAAUCCGCAUGUUUAACGAAAAUGAGGGAAGUCAAGGACCCAAAACCAAAAUAAAGAAGAAUAAGAAAAAAUCAUCUUUUGACCUGGAACUGACGAGUACAGGGAAGUCUGCUGUCAAGAAGUUCCGUGCUGGGCCAUCAUACCAGGAGCGCAAGGAACUGGGGCUGGUGGGGAAGCAGAACCAGAAGCAAUCACAGAGCAAGAAGCAGCCACAGAGCAAGAAGCAGCCACAGAGCAGGAAGCAAUCACAAAAUAAAAAGAAAAGGAAACGCUGAAACCAUAUGUCAAGCAAUGUUUGUGUGUACAAUUUGUAAAAUAAACAAGAUAUAUCAUAAA